UGCUCCUCAGGUGUGUUUGGUGAGUCAGUGUCAGUGAUGGAGGGAGAUUCUGUUCUUCUUCACACAAAUGUUACUGAAGUACCUGAAGACGACGACAUUCUCUGGAAAUUUGGAGCUGAAAAGUCUCUGAUAGCUGAAAUCAGUAAAGCUGCUGCAAUCUUCAACACAUCUGAUGUUCUUGAUGGGAGAUUCAGAGACAGACUGAAGCUGGACAAUCAAACUGGAUCUCUGACCAUCACAAACAUCACAACUGAACACGCUGGACUCUAUCAUCUAGAGAUAAAUGGAGAGAAAGAGAGAUUAAAAACAUUCAGUGUUUCUGUGUAUGCUCCUCUGCCCAUUCCUAACAUUACCAGAGACUUACAAUGUUCGUCAUCAUCGCAGCAGAAUUGUUCAUUGCUGUGUUCAGUGGUGAAUGUGGGUCAUGUGACUCUCUCCUGGUACAAAGGAAACAGUUUAUUGUCCAGCAUCAGUGUGUCUGAUCUCAGCAUCAGUCUCUCUCUACCUCUGGAGGUGGAAUAUCAGGAUAACAACACCUACAGCUGUGUGCUCAACAAUCCCAUCAACAACCAGACCACACAUCUGGACAUCAGUCAACUCUGUCACACAUGUUCAGGUCCUCCAGAAGACUCUGUAUCUCUGAUAGUACUGAUCUCUGCUGCUGCUGCUGGAUCUCUGAUGAUUGUAGCUGUAAUUGGGAUCUACUGGAUCUGCAAAAAGCAAAGAAAAAAUGAUCAAGAAGAUGAAACUGGUGAUGAAGAGAUCACUUACGCCGAACCUACUUUCUGCAAACAAAAUCCACCUAAAAUGAAACUUAAGGAUUUAUGUGGAGAAGGAUUGCAUAGCAUACACACCUAUCAUCAGCAUUAGAAGAUGAUCUUAAACCUUUUCAAAGUACCAGAUCCAGCUGUAGGACUGUAGGAUUGUCUUCACUAUAGGAAACUCCAGAGACACCAUCAGAUUGAGAGUCGGUUGAGUUUUGGGAUUGGUGAGAAGAAUCAGCACAUCUAGCACUAAAUCUAAAUCUUAAAAAAAAAAAAAACUGCAGUGCAUUGCAGUACAAGGUUUCCAAGUUAUCCAUACUGUACAACCAAUGUAGCGUUUUCUUUUUCUUUUGUUUUUUUUUUCACAUUUGUCUCUUACACCCUCAAAACUAAUUCAUACUGUGUGUACAUAUCAUUAUGUAUCAUUUAUUCUUAAUAAUAUAUUUUAUAUUUAUUAUAUUAAUGUGGUUUGACCUGUGCCACAUAACUUCUUCAUAAACAUGCAAUGCUACUGGAAGUAUGGUGUUCAUGUCAGUUCAUGUAUUUGGGGAUGUGAGCGUUAGAGGUGUUAAUGGCAUGUGGUUGAGAGUAUUUUUUUUUUCAUUCCUACGAUUGACAGUCAUAGUAGUGUGACUUCUUCUAAAUGCAAAGGUUUUAAGAAUUCAAAUCAUGCAAGGAACCAAAGAACUGCCUCAACUGAAUGAGUCAUUCACAAGUCACUCAACUGAUUCAAUUUAUGUCCAAAUACUCACACUUGUGGUCUUUGUUAACCACUUGACUACUUUUAUGACAUAUUUUGCUGUGUUUGGCCCAAGUGAGCAUGAAGACCACAACUGCACUUUUCAUUACCUGAUGGGACACAGUUAAAGUAUGUAUGUUUGUAUGUUUGGUUCUUUCUGUAUUUCAAAUUCGAGGUCUGCUUUGGCAAUACAAAUGCUUUUGUAUUA